GAGUACAAAGAAGCGUUCGACUUAUUCGAUAAGAAUAGAAAUGGUUAUAUUAACACGAAGGAGUUAGGCCUCUUGCUAAGAAGUCUCGGUCAGAAUCCAACUGAAAAUGAACUUAUGAUGAUGAUAAAUGCUGUCGAUUUUGACGGUUCGUCUCAAGUAGAUUUCGCCGAGUUCGUGAAGAUAAUGAACCAGCAGUCUCUGGACAAUGAGACAUACGUUACUGAACAGAUCAAAGAGGUCAUCAGGGCGUUUGACAUGGAGGGCAAAGGUUACAUCAGCGUGAAAGAUUUCCAGUUCAUCUUGGAGCAGUACAAUUCACUGACUCAAUGGGAAUGCAGCCAGCUGGUCAGUAAGUUGGACAUCAAUCGCGACGGCAAGAUUCACUACCAAGGU